CGGCAACGACCAGCGUCAUACGUGGCAUAGUUAAGCGUCAACACCAACGCCAUCAACGCCAGUUUGCUCCCUGCUCAACCGAUUAUCGAUCACCGUGCGCCGCCCUGCAGCCUGCGCCAUAGCGUCGGAAACAUUUUCGAGAUGUAAAAAUGUAAGUGGUAUUUUGAAAAUCAUUUCAGUACUUUUCGAGAUUUCCAAGUGAUCAAACGUGUGCAUAAAAACCCGAAGUCCUCUCAGCGAAUAAGUCAAAGGAAAAUGGACCUGGAACUUCUCGACCUACAGCAAGCAAUUCAAUAGAACACAGAACGAUUUUGCAGCGAAUUGCAGGAAAUUGUGUGAAAUAGAGCAAUAAAGAAAACUAUUGUUGUAACUAAAAAAUUCACUUCCUAACGGUAUAUAAUUGAACUUUAAGCGCGUUUUUUGGAGACAUUUGCUGGUGGUGUUUCGCAGUUAGAGCGCGCGUGGGCACGCGGCGGCUCCACUCAUUCGCCGCGUUGGUCAACUCAGCUUGUCAACGUCGCUGAAUCAUUCAACUAAUAUUGACUAUUACGAAUACUUUUUCUUCGAAAAAAAAAUUGAACAAAAAACGCAAAUCGUAGAUAAUUUAAAAAAUCGCGUUCGGUGGAAGAACCCAUUUCUUAGUUAAGCAUUAACAAAAACCCAGAUAAGCCAAAAUGACGAAGGAACAGCCGACCGUAAUCCCCGAAGAGCUGUAUAACCUUACACAACUGGCUGAGGUUACAUUGGCUGCCGGCCACCUCAGCACAACCAACAUAACAGAAAUUAAAGACUACAUCAAACGGCACAAAGAAUUGGAGUAUCUCACUGAUGAGAGUCCAGCUCCUGCCACUGCACCAGAUGUUCGCAUGACAGAACAACAAAGCUUUGUACCUAUAUCUCACAAAGCGCCUUUAAACAAUGACUUUUCAACUGAAAUGUGGCACAACAACCAGAUAAACAGCAGCAGUACGACACUCUAUGGGACACGGGAUUAUCAGAACAUCCAAACAGAACACCACAACCACAAUUCCACUACAGCGGUAGCGGUAGCGCGUACAACAUUCUACUCAUCCUCCGAUGAUGACUCCAACUACUACAGUCACAAAGUAUUUGAUCGCAAAAAAUUGCGACGUUCCACAAUCUCGGACCACUCGCGUUACGAUGAGCAUUCAUGCAGCAGUUUACCCAGCUGCAGCAGUGAGGAUCAAUUUACAGGCAUCUCAAGCCAUUCCAGCAACUCGGAGAUGAGCAAGCUGAGCAAUGGCACUGAGGGUAGCGCUAACGGCGGUAAUUUGCUGGAAGAUGAGCACGUCUGUCCGGAAUGCGGCAAGAAGUAUUCGACAUCGUCAAAUUUGGCGAGACAUCGACAAACACACAGGUCAAUAAUGGAUAAGAAAGCGCGACGAUGUCCAUACUGUGAGAAAGUCUACGUCUCGAUGCCCGCCUUCAGCAUGCAUGUGCGCACCCACAAUCAGGGCUGUGAGUGUCAAUACUGCGGCAAAUGCUUCUCUCGACCAUGGCUACUGCAGGGACACAUACGCACGCACACAGGUGAGAAACCCUUCAAGUGCAGCGUUUGCAACAAAGCCUUUGCGGAUAAAUCCAAUCUACGCGCACACAUACAAACCCAUUCGAACACCAAGCCACACACAUGCGGCCGUUGCGGCAAAGCUUUUGCACUCAAAUCAUAUCUGUACAAGCAUGAAGAGUCUUCGUGCAUGAAGAAUCACCAUCGUGUCGGUGAACGCAGUGAGUCGCGUUCAAAUCGCACUUCUACUAAUUCCGCAAACGCGUCCAAUGCCAAACACUCUGUGAACACUCAACCGGCGACGGAUUCGGCCAAGUCCACUUUGGCGAACAAACUUUUGCAGAAGGAGAAAGAUCGUCGUCAAGCUACGUAUGGUCACACUGAAUAUACACCGCAAUCAACGCAAAGUCCCUUAGAGGUCCAAACCGUUUCGCCGUUGUCAGACAACGAUGGCAUAACAAAACCAUAUAUGGCGCAAGAGAAAUCCUACACCAUGCUUACAAGUCCCAUGUCUCAGGAGGAGUAUGAACGUUUCAAGCGCAUCAGCGUCAUACAAACGGCGACGACGCCGAGUGAUCUACUUUAUCGUGAGCACCAUGUUGGCACGCAAGGAUUCGUGGAUACAGUGGCGCAUAUGCCGUUACAGCUGUGCAGCAUACGAAAUGAGAUUCAAGAUCAAAUGCAAGAUCAACCGGUGGACUUUUCGCCAAAAAAUAAUUUUACACAUUCGACAAAGACGAGCCCCUUUGAGUUGACCAGUAAUUAUGCGAUUUUGGCCUAAAGCUUUGGGCACACGUUGGAUAGUUCAAAAAGACAAAGAAAAAUUUUGAAAAAUUUAGACUGUUGGUAUGUUUGAAAGCCUGAAAAGAUGUGGUGCUGUAAAUUGUGACUCACUUAAGAAAGGUACAUACAUACAUGUACUUGGAAAAGACGCGAAUGAUAGGCACUACUUAAAUUAAAUGCUUAAAAUGUUUAAAGCGAAAAUGAUAAAUUUGACCCGAUUAUAAAGACUUAUCCUGGCCUUUCCUAUGGUGAUCUGUGCUAAACCAGCGUAAUGCGUUGUAUGAAAGACACCUCCCGAAGUAGCCUAGAAAAAUCCGAAAUUGUCUAAUCUUAUUUCGCAUAAAUUAAAUUAUCAGUUUAUGUGAUUUAUUUGAUAUCCUCAAAGUACCGAAUACAUCCAUUUCAGUUUAGUGUCUCAGUAUCGAUUCUACCAACUAUACUUUUUUUAGUAAGUUACAUAGGUAUGUUAUGAACUAGAGGUUCGACGAAAAUGUGUCACGAAAUUGUUUGCAUAGUUACAUUCCUUGAAAUCGUAGCUGAUUGUUUUCUUGAGUUAUCCCAAAAUAAUGAAAUUAGCAAAGUUAUGGCUGACGGUGAUCAAGGAUCUACAAAAAAAAUUACCCCUUCGUAGGAUAUCAAUGAUGCUAUAGCCACGUUUUAGAAGAACCGGUUUGAAAAAAACUAAUUUGUUUCGGAUUUUUCUCCGAAUUGAUAUUCAAAUAUCCUUAAUAUAUACUAUUUACUAUAAUUAGA